AUGCUAGGUAGCAAGCGACUGGGGCUGUGCGGACUGACCCUUGCUCUGUCCCUGCUCGUGUGCCUGGGCGCGCUGAUCGAGGCGUACCCCUCCAAGCCGGACAACCCCGGUGAGGACGCGCCGGCGGAGGACCUGGCCAGAUACUACUCGGCGCUGCGGCACUACAUCAACCUCAUCACCCGGCAGAGAUAUGGAAAACGAUCUAGCCCGGAGACACUGAUUUCAGAUCUUUUGAUGAGAGAGAACACAGAAAACGUUCCCAGAACUAGGCUUGAAGAUCCUUCUCUGUGGUGAUGGGAAGUGAAACUUGCUCUCCAGUCUUUUCCUACUUUUCACCCUAUAUUUCAUACUGUGAAACCAGAGUCUGCCCAUCCUUACAAUGCAUGCAGCCACUGUGCUGAGCCCAUCAGUAUUUUCCCUUGUCAACAUUGUAUAUAUGUGUGUUUAAAUAAACUAUCAUGCAAAACUGA